UGUGACCACUGUCUAUAUUCCGGUCACGUACACAGUGACAGCUGGACUGUCUACUGCGUCCGUCGCGGCACAAGACAACGGAACCUCACCCAUCAUCGCGCACACUUCGACGACGACAAUGACUUCUACGGUGAUGGAGACUCUCACAUCCUUCCUCACCCCCUCGACCGCGGCCACCUCGCCUUCUUCUUCCGGCAGUCCUUCAUACUUCUAUGUCACGAAUUCCGCAGGCAGUACGGUGUGGCUCAAUGGAAUAUCACCCAGCUCUGGUGCCUCCUUGACAACCGUCACCACCACUGUUGUAAUUCGUCCGGUGCCUUCGAACGACCCCGCCGUCACGAUGCAAGCUACCGCCAGCGAUGUCGACACAAUCACACCGCCUGCUUACACGUCCACGGUGUAUACGUUUGAGACCCCCGACAGUACCCUCACGUCAACCAGCACGCAUUACACGACCUUGACGGUCUCGCAAGUCAGCGCAGCGGCGAGCAUCAUAUCCUCGAAGAGCUCGUUCCCUGGAGUUAGCAGCUCGGGUUGGAAUGCCUCAACGUCGAUGGAUCCUCAACUUACCACCAGUACUGCCGGCAACGCCGCAUCUGUCCCUACCACACUUACCGACAUCGUGUAUCUCGGGGCCGGAGAUGACAUCACAUCCACCACGACCAUGUUCUUGACGACGACUGUGCCUCUACAGAUCACCACAACGGUCGAUCCCGAUUCGGGAGCGCCGUAUGUGACCACCAUCACAGCACUCCCGGUUACAAUCACCGCCGGUGGUGAGGGUUCACCAUCGCAAACCAGCAUCGCAGUCGCUGGAGCAACUUCCACUUCUUCCGCCACACCUGUCUCAGUGCAAGCGAAUUCUACGUCUGCAUCCGCGCCGAUGACUGGAACUGGAACUCCAAGCUUGACAGCGUAUCCAAUGUCCAUCUCCCAGCCGUAUGGCAACGCUUCAACCAGCGCCAUGCCGGCCACGAAUGUCUCGAGCUCAACGCUCAGUCUGGCCACAGCGAACCCAACCAUCGAGAGCAUUCCUGCGAGCCUCAACAUUACAAGUUCUGUGCAAGCCACAACGUCCACGAGCAGCGCGUACUCUGUCGGGGCUAUUACAGCUACCGAAUCAUCACUCUCAUCCGCAACUGCCACAGCCGCUCCAUCUUCUGCGACUUCCGCGCUCGCCAUAACCCGCACCAUCAGCCCGACAGGCAUCAGCCAUUCGUACAACAGCAGUCUUUCCAUCGGUCCUGCGGCCAUCAGCUCUGCUUCGAAUAGCUCGGCUAUAUCGCUGACGCAGUCUCCCUACGCCACUUCCUCGUCUCCAUCAUCUGCGCUCAACACCUCGGCGUCGGCCGUGAACAGCUUCACGUCAAAUACCACGCGUGCCAAAGGAACUCCCGUUCGAUCUUUGCCGGCCAGCUCAUUUGUGUCCCUGGUGUCGACAUCAUCGCGGACAGGCACUGGUUCCUCGACCUCCACAUCCUCCGUUGCCAUCACCGUCACCGCAAGUGCGGCCACAUCGACCUCCACGCCAAUCUCCGCCGCCUCGAUCUCAAUCAGCGCAACAGUGUCGACUACUUCGGCCUCCGCUACGGCGACGACGACAGCUUCUUCCACGGUCACCCACGCAUCGAGCUCGAUCGUCGUUUCUUCUGCGACAGCUACACCAACCCAAGGCUGCGGAGAGCAGGGAGUAUUUACUCUGACCUUUGAUGACCUCCCCAACUUCCUGCCGUCGAAUCCAAACAACAUGAGCAUCGCCCAGGCGCCACCGAUCUUCAGCCCGUACCAUCACCUGGAAUUCAGUGACGGCUAUGUCUACGCCCCGGCUCCAUCCGAGCCUUACCUCCCCGUCUCGCCUCCACAUCUGGCCGUGUUCCUUGCCAACGAUACGGGGAAGAUGUCAAGCCAGUAUAUUCAGCCUGGCGAGUUUGGAGAUGGUCCGCGCGACGCCAUCUCCGCCUUCUGGUUCGAUGCCAACAGCGCCUACUUUGGCUGCAACAAUCCCGGCCCGGGGGUGUGUACGCUGGUGUUCAAGGCGUACACCUGGGAUCCAACGAAGAAUGUCGAGGUCGUAUCAUACACCCAGACGGCAAGCAUCCCGCCCUGCACGACUAUGCAAGACCUGAACUGCCAGCUGCAGAGGGUGGAGUUUGCGCCUACAUUUCAGAACCUGACCGGAGUGCAAGUCUCGGCGUUUGCCAACAGCGUUCAGACAAUGUUCUACAUGGACAACCUGGGUCUGCAGUGGUCCAACAGUAGCUGUGCCGCCGGCUUGCUCAGGCAGUCUUCUCAGUGAUGAUCGACGGAAGGAGUGAGCGAUCCAGCUGGUCUGGUGAUGAGCCGCCUACAUUAUCGGAUGGAGGCCCGCCGAUAUUUGGGUCUGUGUGUACGAGUGGUGAUGAGUGAAGCAAGACCUUCGGCUGACAAUGCUUUCGCGGUCGAUGCAGGCUGGUACUGUAGACUAGCAUUGCAACAGGCAUGUAUUAUACCAAUACGUCAAGUGCAAUUACCCAUAGCCAUUGAGUUUGGGUUUCUCA